AUUUUACUUCCGGGGCGAAUGAGUUCUGAAAAUGGCGGACGAAGAGUCAAAGAAGGUGAUCAAGCUGGUUCCAGAGUAUCUUCUUAAGAAGAGGAAAACAUACCAGGCCAUCAAGGCCACUCAAGCUAAACUUGCACUCCUAGAGAAAAGAAAGGUAACAAAAGGCAAACCACUCAGUUUCAAGCGUUUGGAGGAUUUCUUGAAAGAAAGCCACAAAAAGCACCGAGAUGAGACACGCAUCCGAAGGAACGACCACAGGCCCCCGGCCCCUCUGCCGCCCGAAAAAAACAAGCUGGCUUUUGCUGUGCGCAUCCGAGAGAUCAAAGGUGUCAGUCCCAAAGUGAUGAAGGUGAUCCAGUUGAUGAGGCUGAGGAAGAUCUUCAGCGGGAACUUCAUUAAGAUAAACAAGACCUCCAUGCAGAUGAUGAAGAUAGUGGAGCCAUACGUGGCCUGGGGGUUCCCCAACUUGAAGUCGGUCCGCGAGCUGAUUCUGAAGAGAGGCCAGACCAGGAUCGGCAGGAGAAGGGUUCCCCUCACUGACAACGCCCUCAUCGAGGAGCACAUGGGUAAAACUGGCAUCAUCUGCCUUGAGGACCUGAUCCACGAAAUCUACUCAGUCGGCAAGAGCUUCAGAGCUGCCAACAACUUCCUGUUGCCUUUCAGGCUGUCUGUGCCGCGCCACGCUGCCAGGGAUAAAGCCGGACUGCUGAAGGACUUGGGGAACCCCGGCUUCAGAGCCACAGACAUCAACUCCAUCAUCAGACUGCUCAACUAACCGACACGCACAAGAAGUUGGACAUUGAGCUCCGCCUUAAAGACAUUGACAUUUGUGGCAGAGCAAAUUUCAAGAUAUGGAGAGAAUAUUUACAUGACUGGGAGAUAACCCAGUCAUGUAAAAUAAGGACUUUUGCUGUAUUUGUGUUGUUUUGCACAGGUUUUUGUUCUCUUGUACUCUGAUGUGUACCAGAGAACAAAAAUAUAAAGCAGAAGAGUUCAGUAGAGACUUUAUGAUGAACACAGAAACAUUCCUCAGUUUGUCAGAGGAGUUUUGUCUGUAAUAGAUCCAAUAAAUCUGGUUCAUGAAUCUUUACAAACAUGUUUACUGUGUUAAACUGUUUGUAUUUUGGUUACAGUCAAUGUAAUUUACUUCUAAUCCAGAUUUUCAUUAAAAAAAAGACUAUCCACACAA